AUGCGAAGCAGGGAGCCCCAGCAUUUCGCGGACCGUGAGGGCAUCGAGUCUUGCUUUUCGUCUCUGAUAUGUCUUGUCGAUGUUGUUGUUGUUGUUGUCGUUGUCGUCGUCGUCGUCGUCGUCGUCAACGUGCUUGACGAGCAGUACCACAAGGGAGGGCGGGGGAAAACGGGGGACCUGAGACAGGGCAACCAGACUCCAUGGCGGCAAGACUUGAAGACCAACUUGAAGGCACCACAACACACCGUGACACCGCGUGACGGGAUAGAAAAGAAAAGCAGCUUGAACUGACCUUU